GACCCGUACUCACCAGCUCCGUGGGACCCAGAGUGAGCUGGCCACUCAAGAAGCCAUUGUCUCCCACACUCCCACAGUACUCAGCAAGCCCGGUCCUCCCCCUUCGCCAAUACAUGUCACGUCCUCCUUUCCCGUGCCCCAUAGGUGGCUACGAGGCUUGCAUGGGGCUCCGAGGAGUUGGACGUCCAAAGGUUUUUGCUGUUUUGCUUGAGACCUGGUUAUGGUUGUGGGAUUUUUUUUUUUUUUUUCUGUCAGCUGCCUGUUAUAUCAAUCACGGAGUCGGGAUCUAUUUAUAGGUUGGGAGUACUGUGUCCUUAGUCACAAAGAGACACAGACAGGGGACUGUCAGCUGGUGUCGGAGGAGCCAAGCCACGAGUCAUCAGGAGUCAUCAGCGUCUGGAACACCUGAGGGUAACCGGUCCUCACUCCUGGCAGCCCCGUCCUCUAGCCAGCCCCACCAUGCUGCUGAACCGAAUGUCCUCCGAAGAUCGGCACCUGGGCUCCAGCUGCGGCUCCUUCAUUAAGACGGAGCCAUCCAGCCCAUCCUCGGGCAUUGAUGCCCUCAGCCACCACAGCCCCAGCGGCUCCUCGGACGCCAGCGGCGGCUUUGGCAUGGCCCUGGGCACCCACGCCAACGGUCUGGACUCGCCGCCCAUGUUCGCAGGCGCGGGGUUGGGAGGCACCCCGUGCCGCAAGAGCUACGAGGACUGUGCCAGUGGUAUCGUGGACGACAUCAAGUGCGAGUACGUGCUCAACGCCAUCCCCAAGCGUCUGUGCCUCGUGUGCGGGGACAUUGCCUCUGGCUACCACUAUGGCGUGGCCUCCUGCGAGGCCUGCAAGGCAUUCUUCAAGAGAACCAUCCAAGGCAACAUCGAAUACAGCUGUCCGGCCACCAACGAGUGUGAGAUCACCAAACGGAGACGGAAGUCCUGUCAGGCCUGCCGCUUCAUGAAAUGCCUCAAAGUGGGGAUGCUGAAGGAAGGUGUGCGUCUUGACCGAGUGCGUGGAGGGCGCCAGAAGUACAAGCGACGGCUGGACUCGGAGAGCGGCCCCUACCUGAGCUUACAGAUUUCCCCACCUGCUAAAAAGCCAAUGACUAAGAUCGUCUCCUAUCUACUGGUGGCUGAACCGGACAAGCUGUACGCUAUGCCUCCCCCUGGUAUGCCUGAGGGAGAUAUCAAGGCCCUGACCACCCUCUGUGACCUGGCAGAUCGGGAGCUUGUAGUCAUCAUCGGCUGGGCCAAACACAUCCCAGGCUUCUCGAAUCUGUCACUCGGGGACCAGAUGAGCCUGCUGCAGAGUGCCUGGAUGGAGAUCCUCAUCCUGGGCAUCGUGUACCGCUCGCUGCCCUAUGAUGAUAAGCUGGUGUACGCGGAGGACUACAUCAUGGACGAGGAGCACUCUCGCCUGGCGGGGCUGCUGGAGCUCUACCGCGCCAUCCUGCAGCUGGUACGCAGGUACAAGAAGCUCAAGGUCGAGAAGGAGGAGUUUGUGACGCUCAAGGCCCUGGCUCUCGCCAACUCAGAUUCCAUGUACAUUGAGGACCUAGAGGCCGUGCAGAAGCUGCAGGACCUGCUGCAUGAGGCGCUGCAGGACUACGAGCUGAGCCAGCGGCACGAGGAGCCCCGGAGGACGGGCAAGCUGCUGCUGACGCUGCCCCUGCUGCGGCAGACGGCGGCCAAAGCCGUGCAGCACUUCUACAGUGUGAAACUGCAGGGCAAGGUGCCCAUGCACAAACUCUUCCUGGAGAUGCUGGAGGCCAAGGUGUGAUGGCCCAGCAGCACACGGAUGGAUGGAUGGAUGGACGGACACGAUCCAUGGUGGAGACCUCCACAGCCACCAGCCUCGACUUUCCACACCUGCAUCGGGGCUCUGAGCUGUCCCAGAGGAAGGAGGUUUCCUGCUUCCUGGCCAUGUGCAGACUCCUGGGGGACAGCCGAUGGGGAGACGGGGAUGGGAGGGCGGGGGCGGGGGGCUCAUCUGUCACCCGCAUUUUCUUUGGUAUUUUUUCCUUCUCCAUGGGCAGUGCUAAGGCUUGGGCCGGGGCUGACUCCCCUUAGGGCUGGAGACCACCAGAGGAAGCACCCCUCCCCACAACCCAAGAGGCAGCGCAUCCAUUUCCAGACCCCUCCCCAUUCAGGACCUGGAUGUAACCUGGAUGAGCAGAGCUUAGUGUCCAGGACCCAAAAGACUUCCAGUGGGUUCUUCUGGAGGUGUUAGUGUCAGAGAGGGCAAGGCCCUUGGAGCAGGAGUGUCUCCAAAAGCCCUGCAGACCUUCUGCAGAGGUCUGUGGCUGCUCCUGAGGCUCUGUAUCCCCUCAAUCCAGCUGGGUCCCUCCCCUUCCACCUUUCUCCUUGUCCUGCUACACCUAGGGUCCAGUUGGUGCUCCUGCCAGCCCCAAGUGGCUACAUCCCACCUGCUCCCCCCAGAAACCCUCCCCUGCUCCUUGCCCCUACCUCAGCCAGCCUAGGUAACUCCGGGGCAUGUACCCCGGGAACUCACUGGCUCAGUAAAGAGCUGGGUCCUGUAUCCACCGCUCCUAUUGCCUCUUCCUCUUCCUCCUCCUCUUCCUCUUGGGCGUGGCUAGUCUAGAGACCUGUGGAAUGUUCAGGUUAGCAUCCUUGGCUGGGGUGUAGGAUAGAGAGGCCCAGUAGUAGAGGGAAGAAGAUGGAAUGACAUCUUGGAAAGGAAAGAGCUCAGAAGGUCCCCCCACCCCACCCGCUCCUCCCUUAACCUCAGAAAGGCAAGGCUUUGUGCCACAGGAGGGUAGCCUGUUGACAUUCACACCUGGGGUUGUUGGGUGUAGCCCUCCUGGGUCAAUGCCUGGCAAGACCCUCUCCCUGAGAGGCUCUGUCUUAAUAAACCCCUCAACCCUGGCACAUAGACAACGUUUUCCUCUGAUUCACCCACUCAAGGGGCAGUCCUGGGCUCUCACUGGCGUUUAGGGGUUAGCAGAGGUGAAGACGUUCAUUCUGGGGGAUGCCCCAGGCCACACCUAUUCGGACCCCUUCCUGCAAUGCAGGAUUCCCCUUUUCAGGCUUUCUGUCACCUCCGACUGCUACAGGCUCUGCCUCCCUGGUGACAUCACUAGGAGCUGCAGGGACUCCAGGUUAGAGGCUGGCCACUUCCCAUGGUUAAUGCUAAACUUUUUUAGGAGAGCCUCCCUCUCCCUGUCCCUUUGCCUACAAGGAAUUGCAUCUCACAGCCACUGGAUGAGCGGAUGUCCAGGCAUCCAUGCCUCCGCCUGAGCUCUCGUAGUCCCUGAUCCAAGGUAGAUUAACACUUUUGUACUGAACUGGAUUAACCUUUAGGAGCUGGGCUUGGAGAUCCUAGCCUCUCUCAGCCACUCCCAGCCACACUGCUGUGUCCCAGAGUUGUGGGAAGAGGGUGUUACCCCAAAAGUGAUCCCACCUAGUCCUCAGCACUUCGGCUGCGCCUCCUUUCCAUACCAGCAAGGUUAUCAAUGCCUGCAGCUGGCUGAGCGGACACUGCUUUGGAGCAGGUGAGUGGGCAGCUUUGUGUCCACGGUCUACUGAUGCAACUACCCCCCAAAUGGAACCCUGCUGACCCUCCAUCCCUAGAUAGAAGCUGUAUUUACAAGCCAAGAGAAUAUACCAGUGACAGUGCAGUGCCCUGUGGGAAAGCAGGGUCACCUGGGCACCUGGAGUCAGAGGGGAGAGCCAGCCCAUUCCAAGAUUAACCAGAUGGGUGACAUCUGUUUGGCCAGGGUGCUCAGGGCAGGGAAAGGGGAGAUGUCUCUCCAUCACCCAGCUCCCUUAUUCAGAGCAAAACCGCAGGCUAUCAUUUCUGGAAUGCUCAAAGAGAUCACUGUUCACAGUGGCAUCCUCAGAUACAAGUUAUUUCAAACCAAGAAAUCAAACCACCAAUCUUGGGAGGAGGUACUGGCUGGGGUUGAUUUCAUUCCUCUGUCCCCCCUACCCUUUCUGAAGGUUCUGGAUGGUUUUGUUAUGCCUCCCGGUUUUUUUUCCACACACUGAUGACUUUCCAGGGCCCUAACUAAGGAUUAAGAGGCUCUCGUUUGGGGGUCCGCAGGGUUAGAGCCUAUGCUAUCUGCCUGGUCCUUCCUCCAGACUCCACUCCCCAUGGGAGCCAGGUGGCCGGCGAGGAUGACAGACUUGUGAUGAGGAGACCGGAGGGGCCCAGAGUCCAAGCCCGUGGAACAGCACCAAAGAGAAGCGCUAUGUGGAGAGAUUGCUUUAUUUUCUGAUAAUGAUAUCGUGGCUGGAAUGGCUUAAGAUGUAUAUAUUUUUUAACCGGCAGCCCUUGCUGCCGCCUCACCCUUCCUGUAUGUAAUUCUUGUAUGUGUUUCCCCCACAGCCCCACCCCCACCCCAUGUAAAAUCACAUGCCCUGGGGUUCUCCCAUCCAGUCCCAUGUAUCUGGAAUCUAAUAAAUAGGGAAAGCUGUGUUGAGUUUUU